CGCAGCCGCGGUCGGUCCGGACUGCUCCUAACAGCCAGUGGCUGUAGUUACUGUAGACAGUAACAACGAUAGUAUUUACAGGAGCUGAGCUCCCCGUCGUGGUGCACCAUAUUCCUCCUUCAGCUCUGCUGACUCCUCAGACUGCUGUUCAGAUCACACAUAACUCUGACAGACUGUUUAUCACAGAGAGCAACACUGUUACUGAUUCUUCCAGCGCGGCUAGUGCUAGCCAGCAGAGCUAGCCAGCUAACGUUAGUUGCUUAGCAGUUAUGGAGUGGCUGGGCAACGGAGCUUCACUUUGCCCUGAUGAGGAGUCUAACACUGACGCGUCUUCAGCAGCCAGGGGCUUCACUCCUAUGUAUCCUCACCAGCAGUCACCAUCCUCGCCCUCUUGUGAUUGUGCCAUGGAGUCACUGUGCCAGAGCCAGCAGCGCUGUGUGAAGGCCUCCAUCGUCUCCAGCUGGAGACUGGCUGAAGCACAGGACCAGCUGUGUUCUCUAGGCGUCCACAGCUCCGAGUCCCUGGAGCAGGAGCGAGCUCGCACCCGGGCUUGCCCUACAGAACUCUCACACACGGAGGAGGAGUGGCGCCGCAAGGAGAGCAUGCUGGGAGGUCAGGAGCCGAGCCGCAGUCCGGUGCUCGGAGCAGUCGGGAGUUGGGACGCUUUUGACAAGAGUAUCAUCAAUGUCCAAAAUAAACAAGCAGAAAUGGAUCAGGACAAGUGCAAGACGUUCCUCCAGAAGUACGAGCAAGAGCUCAGGCAUUUUGGUAUGUUGCACAGAUGGGACGACAGUCAGCGAUUCCUCGCAGACAUGCCUCAGCUGAUCUGUGAGGAAACGGCCAACUACUUAAUUCUGUGGUGCAUGAGACUGCAGCAAGAAGGGAAAGAAGCACUGAUGGAGCAGGUAGCGCACCAAGCUGUAGUCAUGCAGUUCAUCCUGGAGAUGGCGUCGAACUCUCAGCAGGAUCCUCGAGGCUGCUUCAGACAGUUCUUCCACAAAGCCAAAGACGGACAAGACGUCUACUUAGAAGUCUUCCAGACAGAGCUCGAGGCCUUCAAACACAGAGUGAAAGACUACGCAGUCAAGUGUAGAGGCGAUACAGUUAAUGAGAUCGAACAACGAAACACUGGCACAAACCGCAGACUUGACCCCAAAGAAGCAGAGAAAAUAAAAGCCAACUGUGAGCAACAACUGACAUUGAAAAGACGCCAGCUGUCGGCGCAGAUUCUGUACCAGUCGUAUCUGGAAACCAGAGAACGGAAACGACAAGAGAGGAUGGGUAAGACAGAUUUUGAGGCCAGCUUCAUCAGACUGCUAGACAAAGUGACCAAUGGGUCCAGAAUAGAGAUCAACCAAACAGGUACUGUGUUAUUCUACCAGCCUGGCUUGUUAAGCGGUGGCCCGAUAGAACAUGACUGCAACACGCAGCGCUCGAUCGGCUACUAUCUGGAGGCCCUCCUCAUGCUGGCUCCGUUCAUGAAGACUCCUCUAAAGGCCACACUGAAGGGAGUCACCAAUGACCCACAUGACCCGACGGUAGACCUGCUGAAGUCCACUGCUCUCCCUCUGAUGAAGAAUUUUGGAAUUGAUGGAGAGGGCUUCGAUCUCAAGGUGGUGAAGAGGGGGAUGGCACCCGGUGGGGGAGGAGAGGUAUUGUUCACAUGUCCUGUCCGCAGGACCAUAAGGCCGGUGCAGCUGACUGACCCAGGAAAGAUCAAGAGGAUCAGAGGAGUGGCAUAUUCAGUGCGAGUUUCUCCUCAGAUGGCCAACAGGUUGGUGGAGUCAACCAGGAGCAUCCUCAACAAGUUCAUUCCAGACAUCUACAUCUACACAGACCACAUGAAAGGGGCCAACUCUGGCAAGUCUCCAGGUUUCGGGCUGACCCUGGUGGCAGAGACACUGAACGGCACCUUCCUCAGUGCUGAGAUGUCGUCUACGCCGCAGGGGCAGGGAGACCCCAUACUGCCAGAGGACCUCGGCAGGAACUGUGCCAAACUGCUUUUGGAGGAGGUACAUCGGGGUGGCUGUGUGGAUUCAUCCAAUCAAAGCCUGGCGCUGCUGUUGAUGACCCUUGGCCAACAGGACGUGUCGAAGGUUCUGCUCGGACCCCUCUCCCCCUACACGAUCGAGUUCCUCAGACACAUUAAAGAUUUCUUCCAGAUUAUGUUCAAGAUAGAGGUUCAGAAGCCUUCAGAAGAUGAACAAAAAGGUGGAGACAAAGUCCUGAUGACGUGUGUAGGAGUCGGUUACAGCAACAUCAACAAAACCAUUAAAUAAAAUGCAUAUUUUUUUUUAUAUAAACAGCA